AUGUUAGAAAGAAGAAUCUGCCGCAAGUUUGAUAUUCAUAUCUUGCCUGUAAUUGCAGUUAUGUACUUAUUUAAUUCUUUGGAUAAAGGCAACAUUUCGAAUGCUAAAACCAAUGGUAUGGAUAUUGAUAUUGGAAUGCUGGGCAAUGAAUGGAAUAAUAUGUUGUCUAUUUUCUAUGUACCCUUCGUGAUGGCUUCAUUUCCAUUAAUUUAUUUGAUGAAAAAGUACACUGUUGCUAAUGUUAUCCCCUUCAUGAUGUUCGGUUUUGGGUUGGUUACUUUAUUGGAGGCUACCGUUUUCAACUACGGCACUUUCCUUACUUGUAGAUGGUUUUUGGGGAUGUUUGAGUCAGCUUUCUUUCCUGGAAUUAUCUAUUACUUAACAACAUUUUACAGACGUGAUGAAAUGGGAAGGAGAUUGUCUAUAUUUUACGCUGCUAUGAGUUUUUCAAAUGCAUUCUCGGGAUUAUUGGCUUAUGGGGUAUUCCAAAUCAAGACUGGGUCUUUGAAAGGUUGGCAAUAUCUUUUCCUUAUCGAAGGAGCGUUGACUGUGAUUAUGUCGGUUAUCUCAUUCUUUUAUUUACCAAGGUCAGUUGAGAAGUGUAGUUUCUUAACGGAGGAAGAGAGAAAAUGUGCAAUUUGGAGAAUUGAAACUGAUUCAUCUUCCUCCAGUCAAACAGAAACUUCUAUCAAAGAAGCUGUCGAGAUAUUCAAACACCCUUUCACUUACUUUUGGUUAUUGCUUGAAGUUUGUAUUGGUGUUCCCCUUUAUUCUAUUACCAACUGGUUUCCCGAAAUUAUUCAAAGAAUGGGAGAAGGAACUGUUAUGACUAAUUUGUACACAGUGGCACCAAAUGCAUGGGGAGCUAUUUCUUUGCUUAUUUUAGGAUUCUGCUCAGACUUCGCUAAGGUUAGGUCUGCUUUUAUUAUGCUUAGUAUUUUGGUUACUUUAGUGGGAUUCGUAACAUUCUACACACUUGAUCCUGCAACACAAAAGGGUGCUGCUUACUUUUGUUGCUUCUUGAUGACUUCUGGUAGCUCUGCGUCUUCAGUGUUGACUUCCAUUUGGUAUAAUAAUAAUAUCCCAAAUCAGAACCACAGAGCGUUAAUGACAGUUACUGGUUCUGCCUUCGGAAAUGCAGCUGGUUUGAUUUCAACCAACAUAUUUUUUCCUAGAGAAGCUCCUAAGUACGAAUCAGCUAUGAUUAUCACUGCUUGCUUCGGUGCAGUUGGGAUCUGCACAGUAGGAGUGAUUCUUGUGUCAAUGAUCAUUAUGAAUAGGAAGAGAAAUAAAGAAAGUGGAGAGAAGUUGACUUACAGAGACAUCCCUACGUACGAGUUGAAGGAGAGUUUUUUCAGUAAGACGUUUAGAUGGAUGUAUUAA